AUGCAUUGUGAUAUGAAUUUAGCCUCAUCAUCAAGCAGUGCUCAGGGACAAUCACGAGCCCCACUUUUUACUGAAUCCUCAGACGAGGCUUCUGGUGAUGGCCACACGAGGCGUCCUUCCCCCUGGCGAACUUGGUAUCCGUUGGCAGCACAGACCGUCUUUUCGCUUUUUGAUCACUUGAGCUUGUGGCUGGCUGGAGAGCGUGCCCGCCGGAUCGACACAAUGCUUGCUGCACGUAAACGUCAGCCUCACAAUCAGCCAUUUGGACAACGUCCCGCUAAUUCAUCAGCACAACAGCCCGAGCCAAAAGAGAUUUCAGAGGCUGGAAAGACAGGACUAGGGUUGCAGUACAACGAAAUUGAUCCGUCUUCAUCUGGUGAGAUCGACCAACGAAUCUCUUCUUCAUUCACUUCUGGGGAACUGAAAGUCCCUCUAACAAUAUUAUCUCAAGAGAUUCAUCAAAACCCAGUUUCUCUUAACAACUAUAAGUAUUGGUAA